AUGUCUGCAAAGUCUGGCCGAGUCUUGCUUGCGUACUCUGGAGGUCUUGAUACUUCAUGCAUUCUUGCUUGGUUGAUUGAGCAGGGCUAUGAAGUCUAUGCUUUCAUGGCUGAUGUUGGCCAAGAAGAGGAUUUCGCCGCGGCGGAGAAAAAGGCCCUCAAAGUCGGGGCGAAAAAGUUCUUUUUGGAGAACAUGAAACGUGAAUUCGUUACUGAACUGAUUUAUCCUGCAGUUCAAGCCAACUGUAUCUACGAGAAUGUGUACCUCCUCGGUACCUCACUCGCUCGUCCUGUCAUUGCUCGUGGAAUGAUCGCAGUCGCUGAGCGAGAAGGUUGCGAUUUUGUUUCUCAUGGAUGCACCGGAAAAGGAAACGACCAAGUGCGUUUCGAGCUGGCAUUCUAUGGCCUCAAACCUGACAUCAAAGUCAUCGCACCCUGGCGAAUUCCUGAAUUCUACAACCGAUUCGCAGGCCGCCAAGCCCUUCUAGCGUAUGCUGCUGAGAUGUCCAUCCCCGUCACACAAACUACUGCCAAACCAUGGUCGACGGAUGAGAAUCUGUUCCACAUUUCCUACGAGGCCGGUAUCCUUGAAGACCCCAACACGACACCCCCCGCUGACAUGUGGAAGCUCACGACGGCCCCCGAAAAUGCACCAGAGAACCCUGAGCGCCUAACCAUCGAGUUCAAGGCCGGUCUUCCGGUAAAAGUCGAUGUCGCCGGUGGCAAGACGUACACGGAUCCCGUGGACAUUUUCCUUGCCCUCAACGCGCUCGGAAGGAAGCACGGUAUAGGAAGGAUCGACAUUGUCGAGAACAGGUUCAUUGGCGUCAAAUCUCGUGGAUGCUACGAGUCUCCCGGGGCUACCAUCCUUCGGGCUGCCCACGUCGACCUCGAGGGUCUUACCCUCGACAGGAAUGUCCGUGCCUUGAGGGACCAAUUUGUGACGAUUGAGUUCAGUCGUAUCUUGUACAACGGUCACUUCUUCACCCCAGAGAGGGAGUUUAUCACCAGCGCUAUUCCUGCGAGUCAGAGGACCGUCAACGGCCUUGUUAGGCUCAAGUUGUACAAGGGUGGCGUGGUCAUUGAAGGCCGGGAGAGUCCUGAGGGCCUUUACGAUGAGCAGCAGUCAUCCAUGGAUGAGAUGGGUGGCUUUGAGCCAACGGACACUACCGGUUUCAUUCAGAUCGAGUCGAUCCGAAUCAAAAAAUGGGCCCAAGCUAACUUGAGGAAGGGACAAGCUGGCGUCGCGCCCGAAGAUGUGUACGGUAGCCGUGUGUAG